GCUGCUCGGCCUGGGAUGUCCAGGAGUUGAGUCACGCGGGCCCCGUCUCCAGCCCCCCCUGUGGACGUAGGGGACCCCCCUGGUGACUGCUCUUUCCCAGCUGCCUUGUUAUCAGCGUCCCCACUUCAUGGGAAGGGCUGUGGUGAAUUUCUGGCAAGUGAGUAGGAAGUCGCUGUUCUCAACAGCCCGACGCGGGCGGGGGCCGCCCGGCUAAGCGUAUAAGCAGCCUGGGCUGGGCAGGCAGCAGAAAGCCGCCGGCAGAGGAGAUGGCCUGCUGUCUGAGAGCCACGCGGAAAUGGACGUGUCGGGCAGUGGUCUUCAGGAUCGCCCAGCUCCUGUGCCUCAGUGCCCUGAUCUCUGAACUGGUGAGCCAGAGAGAAGUGGCUGCGUGGACCUAUCACUACGACACCAAAAACUUAUCGUGGCCAAAAGCCCGGAACUUCUGCCGGGAGCACUACACAGAUUUGGUGGCCAUCCAGAAUAAAAACGAAAUCGCUUACCUCAAUGACGUCACACCUUACUACAGCCAAUACUACUGGAUCGGGAUCCGCAAGAUCAACGACAAGUGGACCUGGGUGGGGACCAAUAAGACCCUCACCCCGGAGGCCGAGAACUGGGCGGACCACGAGCCCAACAACAGGGGGAGCAACCAGGACUGCGUGGAGAUCUACAUCAAGAGCCCGUCGGCCCCGGGCAAGUGGAACGACGAGCCGUGCCGGAGAAGGAAGCGGGCGCUGUGCUACUCAGCCUCCUGCCAGGACGCGUCCUGCAGCAGACAAGGCGAGUGCGUGGAGACCAUCGGGAACUACACCUGCUCCUGCCACGCCGGCUUCUACGGACCAGAGUGUGAACACGCUCUGCAGUGCCAGGCUCUUCCAGCUCCACACGAGGCCCAGGUGGACUGCGUCCACCCCUUUGGUGCCUUCAGGUACCAGUCCACCUGCAGCUUCACCUGUCGGGAAGGCUCCCUCCUGGUGGGAGCGAAUGAGCUCCAGUGCUUGGCUACUGGGAGCUGGAGCGCCCCUCCUCCCCAGUGCCGAGCCCGAACCUGCACACCUCUGCUGAGCCCUCGCAAUGGAAUGAUGACCUGUGUCCAGCCUCUGGGGAGCUCCAGCUACCAGUCCACGUGCCACUUCACCUGUGACGAGGGCUUCUCCUUAUCCGGGCCAGAAAGACUGGAUUGCACUCCAUCUGGACACUGGUCAGGUUCCCCCCCAACGUGUGAAGGCACAGCACCGGCUCCUGUUCCAGGGGUGCGAUGCCCAGCCCUCAUCGCCCCGAUGCAGGGGAAUAUGUCCUGUAGACAUUAUCUGGGGACCUUUGGACCGAACACCGCUUGUCACUUUGAAUGCACAUCCGGAUUCACGCUCAGGGGAGAGGCUGCUAUCCGGUGCACACCGUCAGGACAAUGGACAGCAGCACCUCCAGCCUGCAGAGCCGUCAGGUGCUCCGAGCUGCACACGGCUGAGCCAGUGCUGAUGGACUGCUCCCACCCUUGGGGAAACUUCAGCUACGGCUCGGCCUGCACCUUCGGCUGUCCGGAGGGUCAGUCGCUCAAUGGCUCGGCCACCGCAGCAUGCCAACCCAAUGGCCAGUGGUCAGCGGCCGUGCCAACCUGCCAAGAGGUGCCGCUGACGACCCAGGAAGCCCUGACUUACUUCGGUGGCGCAGUGGCCUCCACAACCGGCUUGGUGAUGGGUGGGACACUCCUGGCCCUGCUGAGACGCCGCUGCCGACAAAAAGACGAUGGGAAAAGCCCCCUGAACCCUCACAGCCACCUGGGAACAUACGGAGUUUUCACAAAUGCUGCGUUCGACCCGAGCCCUUAAGAGACCGUCCUUCGGGUCGCCCCACUCAGCCUCAGGGGAUGCUGUUGCCACCAGCUUCCGGCUGGACCUGACUGCACUGCAGUGUGUUUGCUGCCGUUUCUGUAAAUACUUGUGAAUACAGGACACGGCAUUUCCUUUAGACUAGCUCUGGACCAGAGCGGGACUGUGCCGUGAACCCAAACUCUCCACCCGCUGCCCUUGCUGCUCCACCUCCUCACCUCUCCGCUUCCUCCAGGCCCGUCCCAGCAGCUGGGGCUGACCGUCUGAGUGGUCUGUGGGCUUCGCCCCAGCGGUCACUCCUUAGCCAACGAUCGGAGCAUCUGAGUCACCAGAAGACCAGACUGUGAAGAAAUAAAAGUGCCUCUUUAUUUUUGGACUGGAGGAAAGUGUCCUAUACUUUCUGGAAGGCAGGAAGCAUCUCUGGUUGGAGGGAAGUUCUGUGACAUGUCUGGGGUCCCCAGGACGGUGGCGUAUGAACCCUCUAAGGCCCUGCUGCGGAGGUUUCGAGCGGCCUCGGACAGCACCCGGGGCUGCAGAAGACCAAGAAUCCAGACGGGAAGGCACAUGUACUGGGACGGUCCCUCUACUGGUCACUCUCCCCAAAGACCGAUAUUCAAAUGUGUCAUUAAAAGGGUCCCCCCACCUCUGCCUGGCCAGUUUGGCUCAGCGGUUAGAGCAUCGGCCUGUGGACCAGAGAGACCCGGGUUCGGUUCCCGCUAAGGGCACGUACCUCGGUU